CACAGAACAACGACGAAGCAUUGUGUCCUUCCAGUAAAAAUAAAGCCUGGAAAAGCCUGGAUUCGGAGGGUUAGGAAAAAUCUACCCAGUUGCACUCGGGGAGAACAAGCAAAGAAGUUUUCAGCUUAAGAAGAGAAAAUAUUUACACCACACAAACACGAGUUGAAUUCACUGUUGAAAGUUGGCCAUGCGUCGGUCGCAGUGUAUACAAUGACGGUUGGGUGUCACUGACUGCAGCUGCAAUUGCGACAUUGUCCAAAGCGUAGACGCCGAGGUUGUGUCGUAUUAAAACAGAAACUACAGAGACAGGUAGACCUACUUGAGAGAGAGACACUGCGGGGAGAUCGGCCACAGUGUGAUUGGGAUUGAUCUGUCACUUGGAACUGUUUAAACGUUUGUCUUUAUCAUCAAACGUGUUUGCCUGGACCAUUGCAAAGUGUGAAAAUUCAUUUCUCGAUCACGUUUCCUGCGCCAAACUUUGAAGUCACUUAAAGAAAUCCCAUACGUAAUUUGGGAGCAACGGUGCCACUGGGAUCAAACCACGGCGGUGUCGAUGUUCUCAUUGUUUAAUGACAGCUUCAGUGAUUAAGUGACAAUAUACACCCGGUUUAAGUUGCGACGUUCAUGGACGACUGAUCAUAUUCACACCUGCUAGUACAGUUAAAAUAACACAAGCGCAGCGUUUCACCUUGUCGGACGCCAGAGAAAGAGAGAGAGAAGGAAAUUGAGAGAAGGAGAGAGGUAUCAAGUCAUCAUGGCAUCAACAGGAAUAUCGCUGAUCAGUUAUUCCAAAAAGGGGCCUCACGAUGAGGUGUCUAUAAUAACAGGGGGAGCAGCGCCCGAAAACGUCCAAAUCGUGGGCGUGGAAAAUAAAGGCAUGGAUGAGGUGAAUCAUAACGAGAAAAGACUCCUCUCGGAUUCUGAUGACCCGGAGAGUAACCGUGAUGGCGGCGGCCGUACUAACGAUUCCAGUCAGUACGACGAGAGAUACAAGAUGAUGCCCAAUCACAGGAUGUCUCCAAGAAAAGACUCGGACAUGGAGGUCUAUCUCCAAAGUAACGGAACAGUUGUCUCAGACGUCCGGAAAGAGAAAGAACUUGACGAUGAGGAGUUUAGGGGUGAGGAGAGAGAAACAUGGGGGAAGAAGAUAGACUUUUUGUUGUCAAUCAUUGGUUUUGCUGUGGAUUUGGCAAACGUUUGGCGAUUCCCAUACCUGUGUUACAGAAAUGGCGGAGGCGCUUUCCUUAUCCCUUAUUUCCUCAUGCUGUUAUUUGGCGCCCUUCCGUUGUUCUACAUGGAGGUAUGUCUUGGACAGUUCAAUAGAGAGGGGCCUGUCACAGUAUGGAAAGUGGUUCCAAUAUUUACAGGUGUCGGGUGGGCGGUGUGUCUCAUAGCUUACUACGUAGCUUUCUUCUACAAUGUAAUCCUAGCUUGGUCGUUGUAUUACCUGGUGGGUUCAUUUACGUCCGUGCUACCGUGGACCACGUGCGGUAACGACUGGAAUGACUGCCAGUGCUGGGAUUCCAGUCAAAAUGCCACGGAUGUCAUCACGUGCAAUAACGUCACGCUGAAUGUCACCACUUCACAGACGUCAGCCACACAGUACUUUGAACGUGGUAUGCUUGGGAUAGAAAGGAGCACAGGAAUAGACGACCUAGGCGAGCCAAGAUGGCAGCUAGUUCUGUGUCUGCUCGCGGUAUUUCUCAUCCUCUACUUUGCGCUGUGGAAAGGAGUUAAAACUUCUGGAAAGGUUGUGUGGGUGACAGCCACGUUACCAUAUAUUAUCCUACUGAUCCUGCUAAUCCGGGGGUUGUUGCUGCCCGGAUCAGUGGAAGGAAUCACUUAUUUCAUCGUACCAAAGGUGGAGCGGCUUGCGGAUCCGCAGGUAUGGAACGACGCCGCCAUUCAGGUGUUUUUCUCCGUAGGAGCUGGGUUUGGUGUUCACCUGGCGUAUGCUUCGUACAAUAAGUUCCAUAACAAUUGCUACAGAGACUGUCUCAUAACCGCAGGUGUAAACAGUUUUACGAGUAUCUUCUCCGGGUUUGUUGUGUUCAGUUACCUUGGAUACAUGGCAUUCAAGAAGAAUACAGAUAUAGAAAAGGUAGCAGUGGACGGUCCAGGAUUAGUGUUCAUAGUGUACCCAGAAGCCAUUGCCACUCUCCCCGGGUCCACAGGCUGGUCCAUUAUAUUCUUCCUUAUGUUGAUGGCACUGGGACUGGACAGUGCAAUGGGCGGCAUGGAAUCUGUAUUGACAGGAGUGAAAGACUACUACAGGCAUUUCUUCAGCAAGUUUAAAUACGGCCGGGAAUUUUUUACCUUCGUCAUUAUAUUUUUCGCAUUCGGCAUUGCCUUAAUUAAUAUAACUUACGGCGGCAUGUAUCCCUUUACCUUGCUGGAACAAUUCUCUGCUGGCACCUCGCUGCUGUUUGCCGUCUUCACAGAAGCUGUGGCUGUGGCAUGGUUUUAUGGAAUAGACCAGUUCUGCAAGGACGUGAAGAAAAUGCUUGGAUUCACUCCGGGGAUCUACUGGAGAAUAUGCUGGAAGUUUAUCAGCCCCAUCUUUGUACUGGUAAUCGUGGUAUCUUCGAUCAUCACGUACAGACCUAUAGUGGUGGAGACGGCCACCCACGGCCCCUACCCGUACCCGGACUGGGCUAACGCCGUGGGCUGGUGUAUAGCCGGCAGUUCCAUGAUAUUGGUUCCAGUGGUGGCCGUGUGGAAGAUGCUGGUUACGAAGGGGACGUUUAAAAGGAGGCUAGCUCUGUGUAUUUCACCAGAAUCUGAACACGCAGAUAUCAAAGCAGGAAAACCUGUGAAACGUUUUACGCUGCGACACUGGGUGUCAAUUUGAGAGGGCAAAAAGGAAGAGAGACACUGAUAUCCAGCGGUCACACCAUUUCUAAACAUUGCCGGACACGAGUGGAAUGCAUUUGUACAUAUUCUAUAAUAAAGCGUUCCCAAGUCAACGUUUACGGGACCACUGGUCUUUAACCAAAAUAAUGAUGUGCAGCACCCCAGCGCCAUUCCAGGCGUAUCCACGUGCGUUUCAAACCUGGAGCAGUUGUAAUGACUUUUAUCUGCGGGGAUUACACAAUGAAAAACAGGGUUACUUUAAUUCUGAAGAACUCCUUCUUAGUAGAAGUAAUCUCACUAUUUUUUUGUACAAAUGAGCAAAAUAAAUCAUUUCCGGGAGCUGAUCCAGGCAGUCUACCAGCAAAUUUUACAAUCAUUUAAUAUAUUUUAUGCACAUAAUUAAAUUAACAACUUAGUCGAAAUCAAACCGUUUUCUGCAAAGGAUACCUGUACAUGGAAGUUGUAACCUACGUAUAUUAUUGUAAAAAGCUGUAAUCAAUAUAUUAACAAUGUAUUUUGUUUUCAAAAUAUAUUAACACAGAUAUGUAAUCUAUCAAAGAUCCGUUCCAUGUGACCGCUUACGUCCAACGUAUUACGCGCGUCCUUUGAUGUACCGUUUGUUGUAGUAUAUCAUAGUAUAUCAUUGUUCAUGUAUUAAUAAUUAAUACUAUUAAUAUGGAUAUAUUAGCGGUGACAUAUGAAAAAACAAGAGUACGUUAUAUAGGGUGUAAUAAUCCAAAGGCGAAAAGGAUAACAAAUGUACAUAGACACGUCUAUUCUAUACUAUUAAUGUGUGUCGCGUGAGGUGUGUACUAACAAGAGGCUUGGGAGCCUGCAGCUUCUAGAAAACUUCAACACGAAAGAUGAUUUCAACUUUUAGGGCGAAAAUAAUGGCACACUAUAGCCCAUGCUAUAUCCUUGUCUGUUGAACAAAGUAACUUUUGAUAGAAAAUUUUAAUACCAUUUCUUUUCCUUUUUAUAAAGCAGCAAGAAUAUUUUAUUUAAGAGGAUUACCAUUAAUCUACCUUUCAAAUUGGUAAACGCAGAUGGAUUUUCGUCUUAAAGUCAAGAUAGUCUGUCCAAGUUUACAAUUGUACGGCUUAGCUAUUAUCUGUACAAAGCAUUGGUAAGUUAGUUUUAUCGUUUUUCAGUAUAGAAUACGCCAUGAGAAGUGUAGAUUUGGAAAUGUACAGUUGGACAUUUAGCUAUAACAAUUAACGUGUAGAUAGUGUAUUAGCAAAUUUGGACAUAUAGAAAGCUUGCGUUGCCAAAAUAACUUGCAUCAAUUUAUUUUGGAAGUGGCUAAAAUAUUGUGACUAUUUCACAAAGACAAAAAGGCAACGAUCGUCACAGUGGCAAAUCGCCUUCAUCGAGUCGAGGAAAAUAAUAAAAUGAAGAAAACUUUACUUAAAGAAAUAUUUGAGUAAGAAGUUGUAUUUUGCAUUUUAACAAAUCCAUUAUUAAAAUAAUGGCUGAACAGUGGUCAGUUUGCAGCAAGAGUAAUUCUAUCAUCUUCCAGACAUAGAAAUACGCAUUGUCAAACAUUUUUAAUAUUUUCCACCUAAAAAUGGCAAUGUUAUUACUUAAAACGGUUGCCAGUAUGGGGUAGCCUCAAGAUGUAGAUGUGAUGCGAUUGCGCUAACUGUAGCACACCUAACACACUACCUGGUACUGUGACAUUUCUUCU